GAUGUAGUCAAGCUGCUUCUAGAGAAAGGGGCCGACGUCAGGGUUGGGAGUACCGAAGGAUGGACACCGCUUCACUCCGCAUCGAACAACGGCCAUGUCGAUGUGGUCAAGCUGCUUCUAGAGAAAGGGGCCGACGUCACGGUUGCAGACAACGACGGAUGGACACCAAUUUAUUCCGCAUCGAACAACGGCCAUAUCGAUGUGGUCAAGCUGCUUCUAGAAAAGGAGGCCGACGUCACGAUUGCAGACAACGACGGAUGGACACCGCUUCACUCCGCAUCGUACAAGGGCCAUAUCGAUGUAGUCAAGUUGCUU